AUGGCAGAGGAUAAAGGUUUAGUUUGUGUCACAGGUGCAACUGGGUUCAUUGCCUCAUGGCUUAUUAUGAGGCUUCUUCAACUGGGUUACUCUGUUAGAGCUACUGUUAGAUCUCACCCUCCAGGAAGCGUAAAGAAAGACCUCAGCUUCCUGACAAGCCUACCAACAGCAGUAGAGAAGCUCAAAAUAUUUGAAGCCGAUCUCCAACAACCGGACAGUUUCACCACCGUGAUUGAAGGUUGCAUCGGGGUGUUUCACGUCGCUCACCCCAUAAUCAUAAGCGAACAAGAACCCAAAGAUGAGACCAUCAAAAUGACGGUGGAGGGCACUUUAGGCAUACUCAAGGCAUGCCUAAAUUCCAAGACCGUUAAGCGCGUGGUCUACACGUCCAGCGCGGCGACUGUUUUGUACAGUGGCAAAGGCCAAGGCUUGGUGGAUGAAGAGACAUGGAGUGACAUAAAUUACUACAAGACUCUAAACCUUAGAGGAACUAAUCUAUACAUGGCCACCAAAACGAAGACUGAAAAGGCUGCCCUAGAAUUCGCGGAGAAACAUGGGUUGGAUCUUGUCACUGUAAUCCCUCCGUUUGUCGUCGGCCCGUUCAUUUGCCGCCAUCUCCCAUCAUCGGUCAGAUUGGCCCUAACCAUGAUCUUAGGUAAUAACAAGGAUCACUAUAAGUAUCUUUCCAAGAAAUCUAUGGUACAUGUAGAUGACCUUGUUAGUGCACACAUAUUUCUAUUCCAAAGCCCUAAUGCAAAAGGAAGGUACAUUUGUUCAUCAAAUAAUAUAUCACUGGAGGAAUUGGCUACAUUUCUUUCUACAAAAUUCCCCAACAUCGCAAUACCAACUGCAGAUUCAUUGAAGGACAUUGAAGGUUAUGCUGAAAAAGGAAGAUUAUCAUCAAAAAAGCUUUUGGAUUCGGGAUUCGAGUAUAAGUAUGGCCUUGAUGAAAUGUUUGAUGGAGCGAUUAAAUCGUGCAAAGAAAAGGGCUUUCUUUAA